UUCCGUUUUAUGGCACACCGGCCGUUUCAACAGUCCUGGAAUCGCUGUCCAAGGAGGUUGAGCCGAAAUGAAGAUUCAAUUCCUAGUAUUUUGUGUUUUGUGCGCGGUUGAGGCCCAGAAUUAUGUUCCGGUGAUUGAGAACGGAGUUCCGGUUGAUACGCCGGAAGUGCAAGCCGCCAAAGCUGCACAUUUUGAAGCUUACAAAAGGGCCAAAAUUCUAGCAGCGAAAAAACCCUCAACGGGGAAAUACAAAGAGUACAAAGUGGCCAAAAACCAACAGACGCAGUACCAGCAAGAACAGUACCAACAACAGCAGUACCAGCAAAGGUACUACCAACCAGCCCAUUACGAGAACCAUGUCGUUUAUGGGGAGCCAGAGCACCAGCACUUCGCCUUUGCCAGCUAUUCCUCUGAUAUCCCGGACUUCCACCACGCCCGCGCCCGCCGCUCGGCCCGCCAUUACCCGGAGGAAACCCCGGAAGUGCAAGCGGCCCGUUUCCAGCACCUCCUCGCCCACGCCUCCGUCCACGAAGACGACGACGAGGAGCAAUACCCCAGCUACCACGACGGCCCUUAUCACAUCCCUGUUAUCACGAAAAAAGGGGUCCCGGUGGACACCCCCGAGGUGCGUGAGGCGCGCCAACAGCACCUCCUAGCCCACCAUUUGGCCAAAAUUGGGGUGAAGUAUGCCGGGGGUUACUCGCAUUAUGUGCCAGUGAUAGCCCCAGACGGCGCCCCCUUUGACACGCCGGAGGUGUAUGCCGAGAGGGCGAGACACCUGUUUGUCCACCAUCAAGAGAAACACGCCGAGUAUUAAGCGUGUUAUUUUUUAGUUGAAUAAAAUAUUUUAUUUAAGUUGUUGCUUUC